AUGGAGGACAUGCAGGAUGACACAAUGAGACUAUCACUUGAUGAAGCUGCUGAUGUCUCAUCGAACUACAUUCACAGCCGCGUAUUUGAUUCCUUUGGACUUCUGGAAACCAUCCUUUCCUAUGUGGAUGCCAAAGAACUCUUGCAAUCCACCAUGGUGAACCGCCGGUGGAAAUUGGCAGGUCGAUCCGAUUCUCUGUGGAAAUCCCACAUUCAAAAGUUGUGGGAUGACAAGGUUGGGUUUGCGCAUCUUUGUGAGGAAGACCAAGACUGUGCGAUGGAUGGAACCAACAACAACAACAACAAACAGCCACCAAAACAACAAGAUCCAACCAAAAAGCCUCUAAUUUUUUGGAGAUCUUUGUAUACUGCCGAAUGUGUGCAAAAGAUGACAAGUUCCCAAAUAAUGUCCAUCUUUGAUCACCCACUACUAAGAGAUAAAUUUCUUCAGCUGCAACAGCUUGCCAACGAUGAAAUUCAGGUAAAGAAUUUUUUCAAAAUGCACAUGUUGGACAUCAUGUCGGUAUCCUCGCAGUUUUGUUGCUUUCAUUCCGACAUUUGUUUUGGAUCCUAUGCCUCUUCAUUGCAAGAUUGCAAGAGAGACGUAAUUACUGAUUUGGAAUUAUGCAGUCCAAUGGGAUUUGACAUGUACUUCAAAAUUGCACGAGAUGAUGUCGAAGAAGCUGAUCAAAUCGAAUUUGCGCCGUACGAAGAAUCCGAAGAAAUAUUGUUGUAUGAGUAUGGGGGUGGUUUCUUUGAUGAUUCGUUUGAUUUUCGAAUGACUUUGCGACAAGAUGUGCACAGCCAUCAUCCAACAGACUUGACAUGGCAGUGGUUGGAUCAUGGGAGGAGGCUUCAAGUCGCCUCUUAUCCUCCAUUAACAGUGAGCAGAACCAAGAGGUGGGGAUGGAAAUUGGAGAAUAUACAUGCCAUUCUCCUCAUGCGCAACACCUGA